CGGGGCCUCGCCGGGACCCGGAUGCGGCCCCGCCCCCGCCGCGGAACCGGAAGUGGAGCCGGGCGCCCGGGAACAGCGGGCGCGGCGGGUCCAGGGCCGGGCCGGGACCGACGGACGCCAGGCCGCGACAGAAUCACUCCCAAAUGCUGGAAAUUCCUCGCAGGAGCACUGGCUUUCCACAGGGACCCCUGAGCAGCCUUUUGUCGCCAGCCGGAAAGAAAGAUGUGGAAGGCUUCGGCAGGCCACGCCGUGUCCAUCACCCAGGACGACGGGGGCGCCGAUGACUGGGAGACCGACCCCGACUUUGUGAACGACGUGAGCGAGAAAGAGCAGAGAUGGGGGGCCAAAACCGUGAAGGGGUCUGGGCACCAGGAGCACAUCAACAUACACAAGCUGAGAGAGAACGUUUUUCAAGAACAUCAGACCCUCAAGGAGAAGGAGCUUGAAACGGGACCGAAAGCCUCUCACGGCUAUGGAGGGAAGUUCGGCGUGGAGCAGGACAGGAUGGACAAGUCGGCCGUCGGCCACGAGUACCAGUCGAAGCUCUCCAAGCACUGCUCCCAGGUGGACUCCGUUCGCGGCUUUGGAGGCAAGUUUGGUGUCCAGGUGGACAGAGUUGACCAGUCUGCUGUCGGCUUCGAAUACCAGGGCAAGACCGAGAAACACGCCUCGCAGAGAGACUACUCGAGCGGCUUCGGCGGCAAGUACGGCGUGCAGGCCGACCGCGUGGACAAGAGCGCCGUGGGCUUCGACUACCAGGGCAAGACGGAGAAGCACGAGUCGCAGAAAGAUUACUCCAAGGGCUUCGGCGGCAAGUAUGGUAUCGACAAGGACAAGGUGGACAAGAGCGCCGUGGGCUUCGAGUACCAGGGCAAGACGGAGAAGCACGAGUCGCAGAAAGACUAUGUGAAAGGGUUUGGAGGAAAAUUCGGUGUACAGACAGACAGACAAGACAAAUGUGCUCUUGGCUGGGAUCACCAGGAGAAAUUGCAGCUGCACGAAUCCCAAAAAGAUUAUAAGGCUGGUUUCGGAGGCAGAUUUGGUGUUCAGUCCGAGAGGCAGGACUCCUGUGCUGUGGGGUUUGAUUACAAGGAGAGACUGGCCAAGCACGAGUCCCAGCAAGACUACUCCAAAGGAUUCGGCGGAAAAUACGGGGUGCAGAAGGACCGCAUGGAUAAGAACGCUUCCACGUUCGACGACGUUGCCCAGGUGGCCCCAGCGUAUCAGAAGACCGUCCCCGUCGAGGCGGUGAACAGCAGAACAAGCAACAUCAGAGCAAAUUUCGAAAACCUGGCGAAGGAGAAGGAGCAGGAGGACCGGCGGAAGGCGGAAGCCGAGAGGGCCCAGAGGAUGGCAAAGGAGAGACAGGAGCAGGAGGAGGCCCGGAGGCAGCUGCACGAGCAGGCCCGGGCCCAGAAGCCGACGCCCCCAGCCUCCCCGACUCCUCAGCCGGCUCAGGAGAGGCCGCCCCCAAGCCCCGUCUACGAGGACGCGGCUUCAUUCAGGGCUGAGCCCGAGCCUGUGUAUAGCGUGGAAGCGGCCGGCUACCAGGAGGCCAGCAGCCAGCAGGGCCCGGCCUACGCCUCGGACGCCGUCUAUGAGGCCACAGAGGCCCCCGGCCACUAUCAAACAGAGGAAAACACCUACGACGAGUAUGAGAGCGACCUCGGGAUCACAGCCGUCGCCCUGUAUGACUACCAGGCCGCGGGCGACGACGAGAUCUCCUUCGACCCUGACGACAUCGUCACUAACAUAGAGAUGAUCGAUGACGGCUGGUGGCGCGGGCUGUGCAAGGGCAGGUACGGGCUCUUCCCGGCCAACUACGUGGAGCUACGGCCGUAGGCGCCGGGACCGGGGGCCGCAGGACACGGCGCCUUUCCGCGGGGCCCUCCUGCCGAUGCUUCUGGAGAUGCUCACGCCGCAGAACACGCGAAUGUAUUGUAGCUGCGCUCCUUAGGAGGACUUGGUAAUCGAGUCUACGCAUUUCAGGCGUUUUCCUUGUUUCUGCCAAACCAACUGUCAUGGGAGCCGCUUGGGGACCCUCCGCUGUCCUGAGUGCGUGCUGUCCUUGCCCCCGCUGGCGGCGGUCGGGGCCCCCGACGCACGUGGCCUAUGCUCAGACCCGCCCUGCAGUGUCCCAGGGGAGUCCCUGGCCCCGGUAGAGGGAGGUCUGGCGGGAGGUUGGGACUGAGGGCAGGGGCGCCACAGGCGGUGGCUUUAGCUCUGGGUGGGAGCGUCUUCCUGUUCCCCAGACCCCGCGCACUCCGCCUCGUCCCGUCCCUCCCCUGACGCCUGACGCCGGGAGGACCGAUUCUGCCCCCGCUCCUGCCCCUGAAGCAGCAUCUCCCAGUCCAGCGUCUCCCAGCCCGUGCACACUGCCCUCUGGGUGCCCUGGGCGGCCUCCUGCCACCGCACCCUGUGUCUGCUGGGCAAGAGACAGGUGUUUGCUGCCAGCCGGCAGGCGUCUUCACAGUCGUACCCUGUCAGAGACGGUUUUCCCAUUGGGGCACUCAUAUUCGUUGUGCCAAAAUACCGUGUCCUGUGACAGUCCGGCACGAUCCGUUGAAUUGAAGAGGGAAGCAGAGAGCGCGUUCUCCCCGCCGGGUGCUCCCUGUGCAUGCCGCCCGGGAGCACGUCGCCCCCCUGAGAGUCGGGGAGGCCAGGGUGCGCUGGCAACGGUCAGGGGCAGUGUCUUUCCGGAAGAUUCUGUGGAGGUGUCUCAGGUGUUGGGGAUGUGAGCAUCUACUUCCUGAAGUGUGUUUCUGCAUAAUCUUUGCUUUACCACAAUUAGGUCGGGUUUUAUAUGCGAUUAUUGUAUCUAAGUUUCUGUAGCACACAUCAUAGAUAUGAUUUUUUUUAAAUUAAUUAUCCAGAAUAAACUUUUUUUGAUCCA